AUUUUCUCAAAGUCUCGUUCCUCUCUCCAUCGAUAGAUCGCUCCAAGACUCUGCAAUAGCCUCCUUGAAGGCGCCAAAAACUCGGUAAAGAAUCAAAUAUGUCAACGAUCGAAGAGCCGCUGUACCCCAUCGCGGUACUCAUAGACGAGCUAAAGAACGAUGAUAUCCAAUUAAGGCUAAAUUCAAUCAGGCGUCUCUCCACGAUCGCUCGUGCUCUCGGAGAAGAGAGGACACGUAAGGAGCUGAUUCCUUUCUUGAGUGAGAACAAUGAUGAUGAUGACGAGGUGUUGCUUGCGAUGGCUGAGGAGUUGGGAGUGUUUAUUCCUUACGUUGGUGGCGUUGAGCAUGCGAAUGUUUUGCUUCCGCCGUUGGAGACUUUGGCGACGGUGGAAGAGACUUGUGUGAGGGAGAAGGCUGUUGAGUCGCUUUGUAGAGUUGGGACGCAGAUGAGGGAGAGUGAUUUGGUUGAGCAUUUCUUGCCGUUGGUUAAGAGACUUGCAGCUGGUGAGUGGUUCACAGCUAGAGUUUCAGCUUGUGGAGUUUUCCAUAUUGCGUACCCAAGCGCCCCAGAUACGUUGAAGACCGAGUUAAGAUCGAUAUAUACUCAGCUCUGUCAAGAUGAUAUGCCAAUGGUGAGGAGAGCUGCAGCAACCAAUCUCGGGAAGUUUGCUGCAACUAUUGAAUCAGCGCAUUUGAAGACUGACAUUAUGUCUAUGUUUGAUGAUCUUACUCAAGAUGAUCAAGAUUCCGUUAGAUUAUUGGCCGUUGAGGGCUGUGCUGCUCUUGGGAAAUUAUUGGAGCCGCAGGAUUGUGUCGCACACAUUCUUCCCGUGAUUGUUAAUUUCUCGCAGGAGCUAUCAUCAGACUCUUCUCAGCACGUCAGAUCUGCAUUGGCCUCAGUUAUAAUGGGAAUGGCUCCAGUCCUGGGUAAGGAUGCAACAAUUGAGCAUCUCCUUCCAAUCUUUCUCUCUCUGUUGAAAGAUGAGUUUCCGGAUGUACGCUUAAACAUUAUCAGCAAACUUGACCAAGUGAAUCAGGUUAUUGGGAUUGAUCUACUGUCACAGUCCUUACUGCCAGCAAUUGUAGAACUUGCCGAAGAUAGACACUGGAGAGUAAGACUUGCUAUAAUCGAGUAUAUCCCUUUGCUGGCAAGUCAGUUAGGUGUUGGCUUCUUUGACGAUAAGCUUGGUGCUCUUUGCAUGCAAUGGUUACAAGACAAGGUUCACUCGAUCCGUGAUGCUGCUGCAAACAAUCUGAAGCGGCUUGCUGAGGAGUUUGGUCCUGAAUGGGCAAUGCAACAUAUAGUUCCUCAGGUUCUUGAGAUGAUUAACAACCCUCACUAUCUAUACCGUAUGACUAUUUUGCGCGCGGUUUCUCUUCUUGCACCAGUGAUGGGCUCAGAGAUCACAUGCUCUAAGCUCUUACCUGUGGUAAUCACUGCCUCUAAAGACAGAGUUCCAAACAUCAAAUUCAACGUCGCUAAAGUGCUUCAAUCCCUCAUUCCAAUAGUCGAUCAAUCAGUUGUAGAGAAGACGAUUCGUCCAGGGCUUGUGGAGCUAAGUGAAGAUCCAGAUGUUGAUGUGAGGUUUUUCGCAAACGAAGCUAUUCAGUCUAUUGAUAAUGUGAUGAUGUCUUAGCUAAGUAAAAAACUUCGAGUUCUUGUUUCUAUCCCUUGUUUUCUGUCUGAUGCAAAAGUUAUAAAUUCUCAAGACUGUAACACGUAAGUAGUGAGAGAGAGACAACUUUUGUGUUCUGUUCUUUUUUAUUACACGCAAAACACUUUAAGCGACUCGGUGUGGAAUAUGUCCAUUGUCUUGCAACAAACGUGUUCCGUUUUAACUUUGUUUUGUGAUUUUUUUUACUUUAGUUAAACAAAUCCUUUUUCCGC